AUGGGAGAUCCAGUGCCAGAUGAUGGGCUAGGACCAGUCAAUGACAAUAUGUCUGCGAAUGGAGGUGACAACGAUCGAGACGACAUUUGUCGCGACUUUUUGAAAAACAUCUGUAAUCGUGGUUCACGCUGCAAGUUUUAUCAUCCUCCCGAGGCCAAGAUGCGCGCUCAAGAACAAGUCAAUUUCUGCAUUGACUUCCAGGUGCGUAUCUAAGCGAAGUCCGUUGCGUCUGCGAUUUUUUAAAUUUCCUAUAAACAACUAUUAUCAAAGUUUCAACAUAAAGGUUAGCGUCAUGUUGCGUUCUGAUAAUUCGUGCGUUUUUUAUAAUGGCUAUUUUCAUUUGAUGUUACUAAAUAAUUUUUGCAGUCAACUUUUUAAAGUUUGGGUAGUUCUCCAUUCCUCUAAAUAAUGAAGUUUUUUUUUUCAGUUUGAAGCUCGUUCAAUUCACUUUUUUUCAAACUGUUUCAUCUUUUUAUUAAAAAAAGUUUUUUUCAAAUCUUAUUAGAAACAGGACGAUAUAUUUUUAUUUAUGAUUAUUUUUUAAAAAAUUGCACUAAAAUUGAAGAAGAAAGCUACGACACUUCUCUUUUGAAGUUUUAUAAACACGAUUUUCAAAGAAAUAGUCAUCAUUGAAAAACGUACGAACUUCGAAAUCUUUUGUCAUUUACUCAGUUCCAAAUAAUGAAAAAAGUCUAUGCAUUUUUUUCGCUUUGAUGUCUUAGAAAGAAUGUGAGCUAUCUUUGUUUUUUUUUUUAUAAACUUACAAAACCUCACUGAAAAAGAAAAAUUUAACAAAAGUUUCUGAGCGCAACUAUAAGGUUAUUUUUCCAAAUAAAUGGUUUUCUCACAUAUGAGUAUCGAGUUUUUUUGAAAUUUCACAAAAAAAUAUUUGUCGUUGUGUAAGUGAAUAUACUAUUCUUAAUGUACGCUGUUUUAGAACCGCGGAUGUAUGCGUGAGAACUGCCGCUUUGUCCAUGCGCAGCGCGAUGAGGUCGAGCGAUACAAACAGACGCAUGAAGUGACGCUACCGUUAGCGCGAGCUAUAGCGGCGGUAUCCCAGGGCGACACGAUUGCUGGAAUCCCAGUCUGCAAAGAGUUCCAAGCAGGAAAAUGUGCACGCGGCGCUGCCCGCUGUCGCUACUGGCACGUUAACGUCGACCAAGAGCGUGAUCGUCGUCACCGUGGACUCCCUCCUCUCGGCGAAUCUCAUGGCGGCCGUCAUCAAGGAUCUCGAUAUGGUGGUGGUGGCGGCGGCGGCGGUGGUGGUGGUGGCGGUGGAUAUGGCAAUCGACGCUCCGGGGGACCUAUGGACUCAUAUGAAGCGAAGCGACCUCGGAUGGAUGAUCAGCGCAUGUUGGAAUUGGAGAGGAAGAACGCAGAGCUCCAAAAAGAAGUUGAUUCACUCUCGCGCGAACUGCAGCGUGAACACGAGCGCUAUGAAGAUUUGUAUGCUCUUUUCCGCCAACAAACUGCUAACUCUACCUUAGUUCCUGUUCCCAAACCUCAGCAACAACCCAUCCAACCUCAACAAUCUCAAGCAUCUGAUCAAGCUAAUUUCAAUUCUAAUUCUAAUUAUGGCAGUUGGAACCCUGGAGCUUGGAAUACUUGA